UAUGCAUGUGGAGUAGGUAUACUUUUGCAAUAGCUUUUUGAAAGACUUUGGUGUUAUCGACUUCGUCACAAGUAAGGGAAAGCUAAGCUCAGAAAAACGUAUCAGUUAUUUAAAUACAGAAUUUAUAGUGCGAGUACCCGGUAUCGUUGCGGACAGUGUUUAAUUUCGGCGUUGAAAAAAAAAUGAAGUGAAUUAUAUACUAAUUAAGUUAUAGCAACGUACGUGUCGGUUUAAAAAAACUAACUACUCGCGCUUUACAAUACAAUUUCCCAGCAAACUAAAAAAAAAAAAACUACCAUGGUUACAAACGAGACAACGACUAAUCACGAAAUUGAAGAAUUCUUACUUUUGAACGAAUCACAAAUUCCAUCGGAACAACCUCAAGAACGUAAUGAAGGACAAACAGAGGAAGAAAAGGCUAUCGCAGAAUACGACGAUACGAUAAAUCAACACUUUCUAAAGAGAAAGGACAUCAAAUGGAAAAACAUCUAUAUUUUAGUGACUCUACAUCUCGUAGCCCUGUACGGUUUCAUCGCAUUCCCAUAUGAAGAAAAAAAGGUAACGUGUAUUUGGAGCUGUUUCCUAAUAAUGGCAGCUACUUUCGGAGUCUCAGCUGGUGUACAUAGAUUCUGGUCUCAUAAAGCUUACAAAGCGAAACUACCCCUACGAAUAAUAUUUUUAGUAUGCUACUUGGUGUCUGGCCAGUACUCGAUAUUAUAUUGGGUGAGAGAUCAUCGUAUUCACCAUAAAUUUUCAGAAACCAAUGCAGAUCCUGUAAACUCGAGUCGAGGAUUUUGGUUUGCACAUUUCGGUUGGAUGACUAUGAAAAGGCACCCAGCCGUUCUACAAAAAGGGAAAUUAGUAGACAUGAGUGACGUACUUUCCGAUCCUGUUGUUGCAUUUAGUGAGAAGUAUUUCGACGUAUUAAGAAUAGUAUUCGGGUUCCUUAUACCGCUCGUAAUUCCUGUCUACUUUUGGAACGAAUCUUGGUACUGGGCGAUUAUAUCGCAAGUUUUUAUGCGACACGCGUUUGCUUUAAACAUCAUGUGGGGGUUUAACAGUUUCGCUCAUAUGUUUGGAAAUCGCCCCUACGAUAAGGAUAUCGGUUCGGCUGAUAAUUUCAUCAUGUCGUUUCUAACUGGCGGUGACGGCUGGCACAAUUAUCAUCAUACUUUUCCAGCAGAUUACAGAUCUUCCGAGUAUGGUAAUUACAUCGCUGAUAUUGGUUUGACGACAUUAUUAAUCGAUGUUUUUGCUAAAAUUGGCUGGGCCUAUGAUUUAAAACAACCGUCGACUGAACUUAUUCGAGCUGUUACACAAAAACGUGGCGAUGGUACUCAUCCAAUUCAUAAAUCUACGUAGUAAAAAGCUGUAGCCAGAAACAAAAUAAGAUAGGUAAUUCAGGGUAUGAAGCUUUUUAGUUUAACGAGUAUAUUACAGAUGUAGGUAAGGUACGCCCCAUGGGUUUGUACUGGAUUCUUUUUAUUUUUAAAUUUCAUUUCAUAAUAAAUUUUCACCUAAUUUAUGGAUUUUAUUGCUUUUUGACGUAUGUAUGUAUGUAUGUACUUGGAAAAUUUUUCAUCGAGCAAAUACAUUAUAAAUUCGGACAUAUUUUGGUAUUUCCUUUCUUGAAGGGACACUAAAUUGAAGUUGCAAGUCCAAAUAAGAUACUUAUCACGUCAUUUUGAACCUUUUUGAAAUAAAAAAUUUUAAUCAAUUUUAUACGUUACUAGAUUACUACACUCUACGUCAGUGUUCACGCGAAAUACGCGUUUUUACCGAGCGUAAUUACCUCCAGUUCAUUCUCUCGUUUGUAUGGCUGCUGAAAGCCUAUUUCUCCGAUCCUCUAGGGUAGUUUAUUCGUUUUUAGUCAAGUCACAUUACAGUUUAGUUCGUUAACAGUUAGAUAUAAUUUUGUACCUCGCUUUCAGCGAUUUUCGAGUAUUAAAAAUGUAGAAAAUGAA